AUGGGUUCUACUCUCGAUAUUGCGCUCCCGGCGCUCAAGACAAAACCCAAGUUCAUUUUCUUUACCGACUUUGACGGUACUAUCACCCAGCAAGACAGCAAUGACUGGAUGACGGAUAACCUUGGCUUUGGUGCUGAGCUCCGCAAGAAGGGCAACGAGGAUGUUCUCUUUGGCCGCCGGGAUUUCAGGGACUCUUUUGCCGACAUGCUGGACAGCAUCAAGACACCAUUCAACGAGUGCAUUGAGCUCCUCCUCAAGAACAUUACCCUGGACCCAGGAUUCAAGCAGUUCUUCGAGUGGGCCAAGGAGAACAAUGUGCCCAUCGUGAUCCUGAGCGGCGGUAUGGAACCCGUUAUCAGAGCGUUGCUGGCCCACAUGCUGGGCAAGGAGGAAGCCGAGACUUUGCAAAUCGUCAGCAAUGAUGUUGCCCCCCGGCCAGGAAAGAGCGUCAACGAGGCCGGCGGCUGGCACAUCGUUUACCACGAUGAUAGUGGGUUCGGACAUGACAAGUCCCUCGAAAUUCGGCCCUAUGCCAGGCUCCCUGCUGAAGAGAGGCCGGUGCUCUUUUAUGCUGGCGACGGCGUGUCGGAUCUCUCCGCAGCCAAGGAGACGGAUCUCCUGUUUGCCAAGUCUGGGAGAGAUCUCGUAUCGUAUUGUGAGAGGGAGAACGUCCCCUUCACAACCUUCCAGGAUUUCACCGAAAUCCUGGCCACUGUCAAGGACAUUGUGGCUGGCAAGACCACCGUCAAGGAGGCUGCAACGGGCAGAAAAUAGACCGGCAACUGUUCUUAUGCCGAUCAAUAGACGAAUAGACGUUUUAGAAUUCACCUUUCAUCCACAUCAUGACCACGCGCCCAUGAGACAAACUAUUCCGAGGUAUGUGACGAACUAUUAUCAUAUUUAAUUAUCAUUUCUAGCCUAUUACAGCGACUGCCAGAAUGUCAAGACGGCAUCAACAAAACGGUGUAUUGGUCGCUGCUUCCAGGCCGACUUAUUCCAUCUUGCUACUGGCAGGAAGAACCACAGAAGGAGCAUCAGCGCGUACAAGCCCAGCACAAUCGGAUGCAGCACCCAUCUCCCAACAGGCCUGUUCAGGUUUCCGAUGACAAAAGGCACGACCGCCCCACCGGUCAUGCCAAACGCAGAAAUGACGCCCAUCGCGGCCGCCUUGGCUUCCUUAUCCACCCUACCAAACGGUGGCCUCCGUAUCUCAUUCUCGUCGAGCAUUUUCAUCACAACCCUCAUCGCGCAGGGAUAUCCGGGGCCUAUGAAGAACCCAACGAAUGCUACCGACAAACCGCUUGCAACAAUGCCGCCCUUUAACAACCAUAUCAACAGCUGAAAGCCUGUGCAGAGCAGGAUCAGAAAAUACACAAACACCUUGUUUCCCCCGGGCCAGAGCUCCCCCAGCGGUGUCAACACCACCCGUCCCAGCGUCACGCCGCCCCAGAACCCGGUCAUGGUGUACCCGUAUGUGUCCAUCUUUUCCUGCGAGGCGGGGUGGCGGUGGUGGAGAUACUCAGUUAUCCAACCUGCGUUUGAGACCUCGGCACCCUGGUAGCAGAAGAUGAACAAGGCGGCGAAAACAACGAGCUUGGUGUCGGCUGGGAGGUAGGAUCUGAGCCAUUCUCCUGGGUUCGGUCUCCUCGCUUCCGUCGCCACUGCCUCGGCAUUGCCUUCCUCCAUUGUGCCCGCCGCGGGAGGCGCAACAACGGGGUGCUCCCUAAAAGCCCAAAACAACAACAUCGAGUUGAUGAGACUCAGACACAGCGGAAUGCUGUAAAACUGGCCGUAAUCCAACCCCGUCUGCACAAUCAUUCUCGUGGCGAUGAGCGGUCCGAUUGUGGCGCCUAGGCCGUAGCAGGCGUGCGUUACCCCCAGGUAAAAGGUUGCUUUCCUCCGAAGUGAGCCGCAGUAGACGUUGCCGAUGGCGAGGUUGAAGCUGUUUCCGAAACCGAGAGGGAGGAAGGUUAUUACUAUUGCGGGGAGGGGAGCUGAGCAGGAGAAGGGGAGGUAGGAGAGGAAGACUAGGAUGUUGGUCGAUAGGAGGGUGAUAUUGUCGUGGUUGAGGAAGGGUUUGAGAGAGCGGAGGGGGGAGAUGAGGGCUACGCCGAGGAUGAAGCCUACUGCUUGGGCGACCCAGAGGAGGGAGAUGAGUUUGUCGUCGGGGAGGGAGUGGAAGUGCUUCAUUGGUUCGAUCAGGGGGCCGACAGAGGCGUCGGUUAGGCCUGCAGUUAGGGAGGCGAGGGAGAGGGCGGCUAUGCGGUAGUGGUUUACGUCUGGGUUGAUCAGGAGCGUUGGGUUGGUGGGGGUGGUGGAGAUGAUGUGGGUUUGUUUCUCGAGGUCGUCGUUGUUGUUUGGGGAGGUGAGGUUGGCUGUGGAGGUUUGGGAAGCAUCGGGGGCUGGCGCUGGGGUGAUGUCGUCGAGGGCAGCAGGAGCCGGAGAGCCCGGCGGCUGCUGGCCGGUGUUGGCCAUGGCUGCGGCUGUUGCGUUGUCGGCCAUGAUGUCAAACGUGCUACCUCUGCGCAGAGGUGAUGGUGUUGAGGGCGAGCAUGCGGUCAAGAGGCUUUUCUUUGAACGUGGCACAGAUACGGACCGACUAACACAUUAACUUUGAUGAGGCUGAAGUUAACUCCCAACGUCAACGGCCCGGAUGGUAUAUUCAAGGUUGCACCGAUGGAUCCCAUCCAGAAACGAGAAGCAUUCUAUCAAUGGUAAGUGGGUAGGAUUGAGGGGUGCUGCCGGCUUUUGUACUCUGCUACGGAUACCAUCGUAUCUGCCGUGUGGCCCACUCACACACGCAUUCACUGGCAGCACUCAUCGCUUUGCAAACGAAGGACGAGAAUUGGGGCGCGAGUAUCGAGACAGUGGUCCAGGGUCGCACCGAAAGGGAAACUCCGCGCGUCAGGGAAAAAGCUACAAGCCUGCAAUUGACCCCCACCCACCCACUUUCUGUCAGUGGCUCGACGAACGACAUCGAAGACAGUUGCGCCGCCCAAUCGACGACAGGGAACACUUGCGGUGGAGCUCCAUCCUGGACGUGGCAUACGGGCCGAAUGAAGCGGGCGUCGCUCCGCCCACUGGUGGAGAGUUGAAGGGAAAGGCCGAGAUCUGCCAGACGCCCUGUCGCGGUGUUAAGGUUUCACCAGGAGCCGUUCUGGAAGGCUGCGGGGCUUCCUGUUCAGUUGAAGCUUGCGAAUGCCAAUGUUUUUAUGUCGUCAGGGUUGGGGUUGGCGGUAGCCGACAGGGACGGACCUGACCCCCAUUUAACCCCUGUCACACGGCUCACGGCAUAGAACAUCACUAAUUCUUGUAACCACAAGUCAACCAACAAAUCCUUCUUCAGCCCUAUCAGACUUCAAUGUUUGAGACACGGGUUCAAAAGUCUAGGUCAUUUUGCCCCGUCGCUAACCUCAACUUGUGGACCAGUCCCAAGACCUCCAGACUCUUUUAGCUCCGGUCAAUAAUGUGUCAAAGAGCUUGGCUGAGGGAGCCACAUGGUAAUUGCUCGUUCAAACUCCAUGAUGCGCCCAGAGAACAACUUUUGUCUAUCCAUAUCACCCCAAGUCUUUCCCAAUGUAAACAGUUAUCUAUCCAUCACCACCACCACCACCACCACCAACUAUCUCUCCCCUCCCCUCAAACAACAACAACCCUUAAUUGUCGCCCGAAAACCCCAAAACUCUCCAACACCCCCUCCACAUCGACCUCCAACCCCUCGAGUUGCUCUUCCGUAACCCAGUUGUCAUCACAGGCGAUAACCAUGAUGUCUCCCGACAUGUCCGGUAUAAUCGCCGGCCGCAGUCCAAAAUAGGAAAGUCCGCUUCGAAGGACUGCGGACUUGAUGGCUUCCGGGAGACGGCUGUGGACCCAGAGCCAGACGAACCGGUGGGUUAUUUGAAGGUUGUUGUCGGACUUGAAGUCGGCGAGUCGGCGGAGUUCCCUGUUGUGGGGGAAGCGGUGGUAGUCGAAGGGGGAGGGUUCGGAGGUGGGGGAGGGGCGGUAGUAGGACAUUGUGGUGGGUUUGAUGAUGACGUAGGUUCUCUGAGAGAGAUGCUGGGGUGAGAACUUUCGAAAAAGUUAUCUUGAGGGAGAGUGAGAGAUCUUGCAGGAGGACAAGCUGGUGAAAGAGGGUAGGUAGGUAUGGCUGCAAAGAGCAAAAGAGGGAACUCUGACAAGUUGUCAGUCAAAGUGGGAGUCUGUGCUUGUCAUUUUGUUUGCUGGAAAGAUGUAUAUCAACAUUGUGUGGUGGUGUGAGGCUCGAUGUUUGCUCCGCAUGUAGCCGUUUGACAGCUGGUAAGGCAGCUUUCACGUCAUGUAAUCUGAACUUUUCAAACAUGCUCGAGUCACCGGCAUGGCAUGUUUUUCCAGGUCACGAUUGUUUCAAAUUGCCUUUCGUCAAAAUGAGUAUCGGAACUCGUUGAGACUCUUGGGAGCCGUCGUCAAACUACAGAUAGUAGUACUAGCAUAAGCCUGCUGCACACACCUCAACCCCGCCUCCAUCGCCCCCUGAAUCCACCCGUGCGUGUAACUAGCCUGCUCACCCGCAAAGAACACCCUCGGCUUCCCCAACCUCGAACUCUCCGGCCACUUCCAAUCACUCUCGCACAUCGCCUCCAGAUACUGCUUCUUCUGCCCCGGUCCAAAAUAGCAAAACGCACUCCCCCCCGCGAGCUCGUCGGACGGGAAAACCUGCGACGUCCCCGCCUCGAGCAGCUCGAGCGACUUGGCCUCGGGAAAUAUGGUAUGGAGGUUUUCGGCAGCGAUGCGGACUUGUCUCUCUGGGGACAUGGCCCCGAGGAUGGUGGCGUCCUGCUCAAAGGUGUAGGCUGCCAUGAUGGCGCCGCGGCGGGAGUGCUUGAACUGGUCGUUGUCUUUUGAGACGGGGAAGACGGUGUACCGGAUGGGGAGGUCGGAGACUAGCCCGCCGUCGGUGCCGAGGUUGUGGUCGGUGAAGAUUUGUUCCCACCAGCGGGUUUUGUACUGAAGUAAGACUUUGGUCACCUCGACGUAGCGGACGUCGUGGGUGGCUUGCUCUUGGGCUGUGGCGAAGGGGCGGGAUUUGGUGAUGGCGCGGAGGGUG